AUGCUCAACAGUAGUAACAGCCAAAGCAACACCAGCAACAAUAAUAUCACGGAUGAGAGCCGGACAGUAACGCACUUUAUCAUUCUGGUUCCCGGCACCGGACCCCAUCGCGAAGACGAGCGACCCAAGGGAUCGUUUUUAAAAAAAGCAAAGAGAUUCCGUGAAAUUUUCCAAGAAACCUGUAAGCGCGAGUUCGCCGAUACCGAUGCGUAUGUGGAGAUGAUGCCGAUUGACUACCACGCAGACAUACAGGCCUUGGAGACUACCAAUCAGCGCAUGAUCAAGGCUACGCUGCCAUCGAUACCGUGGAUUAGAACAAUGGACAACGAGGUUAUCGGCGACAUCCUCUACUACUUCUCAACCUUCCACGGCCGUAUUAUGCUCAAAACCGUCAUCAACAAGCUAAACGCCGCCUACGACACCUUCAUGACCAGUAAUCCGGCAUUCUCUGGUUCCAUCAGCCUCGUGGCGCACUCCCUGGGCGGCCUAAUAUGCUACGAGAUCCUGUACUACAUGGACAAGCUUAAUUCAGAAGAACCAGGGAAUUUUGGAGCGCACGAGGCGCAGAGAUACAUGGGUUUGCCUAGUCUUAGGUUCAGUCCCGAUAGGCUAUUUACUUUAGGAUCACCGAUGGGCGGCGGUAUGGUUUUCCGAAACCAAUGCAUGACGGAAUACCAUAUGGGCGCAGUCGGUUUACCGAGUAAUAGCGCAAAUAUGUCAUCGGAUGAUAAAAAUGCGUUGACAAAGACGUUUUUCGAAGAGCGCGUGCGUCAAGAGAUUGACUCGAGCGAUGAUAACGAUAGCGGCGGCGCUGGGGUAUCCAGAUCAGCGUCCUCCUCUUCCAUCGUGUCGAUUUCCAUGAAAUCGCAUUUGGCGGCCACCAUGGGUGCCAUGGCAGCAUCUACAUCGGCCGCCGAAUCACCAUCGCCACCGGCACUGCGGCCAUCGGGUGAGCGCGCAAGAUCGGCCGAGCCAGAUGCUCGGCGGCAGAGCAGCCGACGUAACGGCAGUAUGACGCCAGAUGAUAUGCUGGACCAGCUUAUGCAUCUUUUUGGGCCUUCGAGACCGCCGGACCGUGAUCAGCAGAUGGCCGAGUCGCAAGGAUUGCCGUUGUCGUCUAGGCUGAUGGCUGCCAGGGAGCUGGGUGGCACCAGGGCCGGUGCGCCCAUCAGGGACCAUAUCAUUGCCGUCAGCACUAUUGCAUUACUUGGCGGAAGAUCAAGAAGCUCAGCAAGCGCAUAA